GUGCAUCACCAUCCGUGCGGUCGAACGACAUCGCCGCGAGCGCGCUGCGUUACCCUAGAUCAUCUGUGCUCGCGCUCUAAAGGUCGCGACUGAGUGCCAAUAUACGAAACGGCACGUUGGCCUUGACCUCCAUUCAGCAUGGCAUACGCACCGGAAGCCCCUUCUAAUGAUGUCCCGCCGUAUCUCAUGCAGGACCUUGUCUCUGCGGCUACCCGAGAUCUUGGCUCAGGCGUGACAAUAACAUGCGCGCAAGCUCUGGGGACGGAGGUAUACAUAGGAUGCUCUAACGGUCAACUGAUGCGAUAUGCAUUGCAAGCUAACAAUCCGGACGAGCCUAUGAGUUACGACCUUGUCUCAAGACAGAACGUCGCCGCAGACAAACCGGUUGAGGACAUCGUCCUAGUCCCCAGCAUCUUCCGUGCCUUGGUCUUUGCAGACCGCCAACUCAGCAUAUACACUCUGCCAUCGCUCGAGAUGACUUCCAUCAAGCCAAUUCGCAACGCUGUUGCCUUCGCCGUUGAUAAUGACCAUUUGCGACGACCAGCGCCGGACGACAACCAGGUCAUACCCGUAGCUCUAACCAUCGUCAAACGAAGCGGCCUCGCACUCUUCACUCUGAGUGAUAGGCUCUUCUACCAACAGGAAAUCCCCUUCCAAGGCGGCCUCGUCGCCCGGCGCAUCGGUCAGUCCCUCUGCGUCGCCGACAAAGAGUUCUUUAGCAUCGUCAACCUUGAGCAAUCCGUCGCCUUCCAAAUCAUGCCCGUCGACCAGGUGAUGGACGACAAGCCCAUCCGGCCGCUCGUGCUCGAGAUCCAUGGGGAGGACGAGUAUCUGGUGGUGUCGUGGAUGGGCGCGAGUGCGAUGGGCGUGUUCAUCAAUACCAAUGGCGACCCGGUCAGAGGGACUUUGGAAUAUGAGGAUUACCCAUUGUCUAUAUGCAUGGACUUCCCCUACAUCGUGGCCGUGCUGCCGAACAACACGAUCGUGGUGCACAACAUUGAGACGCAGAGCGUCGUGCAGACGAUCCCGGUGCCGGAGAAUCUGCACGUCCGUGCGCUCGUGUCGUGCUUGGAAGGAUAUCUGGUACCAUCGAAUAUGGAGACGGAGAAGAUGCGCAAGACGUCGGUGCGCUUGUUGAGGGAGCACUCGCCGCCGCCGCCUACGGCGGAAGAGUAGACCGAUUUUGUUAUGUCCAUAUACCUAUCUCACGUGCUUGCUGCUUCCCGCAUAUUCCUCAAAUCGUGUAAAAAUACAGAAGACAUCGUGGCCGAAGCGUGGG